CGAUAUUGGACUUCUGCAGUAUUCAACUGUUGCGUUACUCUUGGGCAAAUCAUGUUACCAUCUGCACAUACCAUAUUAGCCCCGUAUGUACAGAAAAAGGAAGCUAUAAAUGUUUGGGACAGUUAUAAAAAUGGAAAAUCAUUUAAACUUGGACGUCGAAUUAACUCAGUUGCAAUUUCUUUAACACCUCCUUACAAGUAUGGUCUUCCGGAUGGAUACAAUGUGAAUCUUUACAAGUGUGACACUGACAAACGUUUUCGCAAAUUGAGUGGAUUUUCAGGUCUAGUAACGUGCUGUAAUUUCAGAAAUGAUGGGAAACUAGUUAUUGUGGGUGAAGCCGGUGGAACGCUUCGUAUUUGUACUACGGACAAAAACAAGUUUCAUCUUCGAAAAAUAAAAGCACAUCAGGGUUCAGUUUCGGCAGCUUCAUUUUUUUAUGAUGGUUUACAUGCAGCUAGUCUUGGAUCAGAUGCAAACGUCCGCAUUUGGGACGUAACAUUGGGCUCUCCGCUAGGGCGUUAUGCAGUGUGCUGUGGAAACGAAGUUGCUCGUUGUUUGGUAACUGGUAGAGUCGACAAUAAUCUCUUAUGCUUUGGUGAUCUUAAUGGGAACGUUGUCAUCUGUGAUGUGCGUGAGCCAAAUCCUAUUCAAAAAAUCACAUUUCCGUCUGCGGUUUCUGCUCUCGCUCUUAACAAAACAGAUAAAAUGUUGGCUGUUGCUGCUGGUUCAGUUGUACAGUUGUGGGACUUCUCCGCUCAAAAAUUUCAUGACUACGAAUCAAGUCAAGGUUUGCAUCUCCAUUAUAAAGUUACUACUGGUUUAUUCAUUGAGCAACACCCUCAUACAGAUGAAGAAGUGCUUUUGUCUGUCUCACUAGACAAACUCGUAAAGUUCACCAGUUUGCUGAAUGGUAAAGAGUUAUAUCAGCUUCAAUGUUCAUCACCACUAACUGCUAUUGGUGUCACGCCAAAGUGUGAAAGUCUCGUAAUAGGAGGAGAACAUGGCUUCGUUAAAAUCAAACACUAUGACUCGAAAUUAAGCUCGUUCGUCGUAGCUUCAUCUGAGGCGCAAAACAAAGCUUCUUCUAGUGACACAGAGGAUCCGUACAUGGAUUUAUUGUCUCAUUUUUCAAAGCCAAAUAAAGGUGAUCGCUUUAUGUCAAUGAAAAUGGAUGAAUGGCUGGAAGUACCGUUAACUGGUUCUCGCCGUGCUCCCAAGGAUUGGUUUUUACCUGAAGAAUUUAAAACAACUAUAAGGCCUAAUGUUCCUUUAAUUCAUGAAAAAACGGAAAUAUCACGCACUGGUCGGACGUUUUACGCUCAAACAUUGUCACAGACAUAUAAUCAUGUCGACGUUCUGCUUAGACGAUUCAAUCACUCGCGUGCGUUGACGUUAGCCUUAACCUACCGAUCAUGGGUGCGUCGCUCCAAAAGAAGAAUCAAUCCUACCCCUCAGUAUUGUUUAAACUUGGCACUUGCUGUUAUACGAGAAUUAAUAAGAAGAGAUACUUUAGGUGCUGCUGUAGCAGGCAGAGACAAUCGCCAGCUAGAAUACAUUUUUAUAUUUAUUUACAACAACAUUUGGCAUAAAGAUGCAGCUGCUGUUUGCUUAGAAUUAUAUCACUGCAUAUUAAAUACGUAUACUGCUGAAGAACUGGUGAAUAUACGAGGAUUCGCGAAAGUGAAUAGACUUCUUGAGCUUAUAUCUUCAAACUUCUAUUCUCUAAGCAGAAUCACAGACACCAUUGCAUAUAAAUCCCACAAUUUACCUCAAUCUAAAAAUGAGCAAGUUGUAGAAGACAUUUCUUAUUGUUCCUCAUUUAAUUCAGAAAAUUCACCAGAAUGCCAAAAAUCAUCUUCAACUAAAAAGCGUAGAAAACUUAAUGUUACUUAGUUACGAUUAUCCUGUACAGUGAAAAUAAAUUUUUUUUAUAA